AAUCAAAAAUUAAAUUUAUAAUAUAAAAUAAUUUAUAAUGCUAUCAAAUAAAGCAAUAAGAUUAAAAAGCAAACGAGAAGCAAAAAAUAUGAUGGAGUCUGCUUAUAAUGAAGUGGGAUCAUCCAAAAAACAAGUUAAAGGCAGGGAAACAUCUGAUUGCGAUGAUGUCCCAAUGAAAGUCAGUUCUUUCGAAAAAUUGGUUGAAUCGGAUUUCACUGAAACAUCAUCCGUUUGCGAUAAUUUUCCAGUUGAAUAUAUAGAAGAAGUGAAUUGCAACAAAUACAAAACAAACCGCCAGAUAAUCAGACAGGUAUAAGAACAUUAUAAAUGUCAUAAUUUCAUUCAUUAUACUUUAUAUUACAUUAAUUCUUUCAGAUAGUAAACAAAAUAUGUUGACGGAGAUUUUAGGAGAAGUGCGCACGCUAAAACAGCAAAUCGACAGACUAACAGAGGAAGUGAUAACCGUAAGAAAUGAAGUGCGUCAGUUAAAAUUAAUUUAUUCUGAGGAAAUUAAAACCAAUUUAGUGCCACCUUUACCCAUAAAAACUGUAAAACAGUUGGAAGAAUUACAUAAACAAAUAGAAGAGAACGUGGAUAUUGUAGCUCAAUUGAAAUACGUUAUUGGUAAAGUGGGUGGCGACAGCUCCAACUCGUUUGUCAGGAAUGCAAUUAAAAAAAUGCUGAGCGAUGAUGUGGCUGCAAAAUUGAGUUGGCGUGGAACGAACAGUAAGCCCAGUAUUCAGGAAUUCAAUAUAACGAAAAUUAUAACAAGUGUCUGCCAUUCAAAAUUUCCGAAAGCUGAUGAUGCAGGUAUAAAUAAGGUAUUACAACAACAUUUUGUUCAUGCUGGUGACCGUCUCAGAAAGAGUGACCGAACCAAAAAGAUUGAUGAAGCCAAGAAAAUUGACGAUUUGGCUGAAAAAUAACUUUAUUUUUUAAUAAUUUUUCUAUUGCAUAAUUAUUUCCAUUAUUCAUAUGUAUGUAUUUAUUUUCAUAAUUGAAUUCAAAUUUAUAAAAAUAACUUUAUUUUUUAAUAAUUUUUCUAUUGCAUAAUUAUUUCUAUUAUUCAUAUGUAUGUAUUUAUUUUCAUCAUUGAAUUCAAAUUUAUAUUUAAUUUUUUUUUUAUUUAAAGUUGACAAAAAAUGCCAAUGCAAUAAACAGUAUAAAACGAAUAUCAAUACUUUUUAUUUU